CAUCUUCCUCUUCUUUUACUCCUACUCCCGCCUCCCGCCGUUGCUCUCCUUUUCUUCCUUUUUGUCGCGUCUGGUCCCGCGCCUCUGGAAAAUGAGAUUGGGGUAAUGUGCUACAUGAGCCUUGUCCCUGUCCUCGAGCGCCGAAGAAUAGACGACAGAGAUCCGAUAGAUUGUCACUCGGCGCAUUGACAUCGGUCCAUUUGACACCUGCAGAGAGCCCACUAGGUACCUCGACACAGGUAGAGCCUGCCCACUCACAGGAAGCACGGGCAGCUGACAGCGACUGGAACUGGACCAGUCGAAUCGAAUCCCAACGCCAUUUCCCCUUCGCGCUUGCAAUCGCCUCCAUUGACGAGUAGGGAACUUCCAUCGGCUGUCGGCCCCGUACUUGGCAACACCCUUCCCUCAACUUUACUCCAACUUCCGCCUCUGCAGAUUCGCGUUUCGAGAUUGUAGAGAUUCGAGACUCUCGGAGCUGAGGCUCUUGUCCGUGAGCCCAUCCAUACCUCUUAUCUCCCUCCACUCCCGAACGGCCGGGCCACUGUCAAACAUCCGAUCUCCUCCCGACUUGGCUAAGCCUGCAGUAGCAUUUUGUCUUGCAUACGCCUCACCUGCCCGCUGGAGCCAACCGCAUGCCACGACUCUGGAGCAGAGGCGACAUCACACCAAAUAAACUACCCGAAGAUCAGAGGAACAAAAAAAAAAAGUCAGACCUUAAGAGCCACCCACCCGCGACACUGGCUGCGCUCUGUGGUUCCUACCAACCUACCCUGAACCCGUUCGUUACCUGUUGUGGCACACCCAAGACCGCCCGCCACUGGCACCAACCCUGGAAUGAGGACUCGGCUAGCUGGAACCUCAGAAGACGGCCAUCUAUGUCCUGUCGAGGCUCCUUUUCCCAAUGUCGACUUUUUACUACACCAACAACUCCAACAGGAGCAAGACGUGUACGCGAACUCGACAACAAACGCGACCGCAUCCCCGCCGAUAGCGCCCACAUCAGUCCUUCCGCGACCCUCGCGACCCUCGCAGUCCUCGGCCGCCGAACGAACUAGUCCCGAGUCGCCCUCUGUGCGCCAGUCCCCUACCAAGCGCGAUCGUAAUCCCGGCCCUUCCUCUAUCUCCGGCGCCGGUCCGUUGAAUCUCGAGCACCAGUCUCCUUCUCAACAAUCGCAAAACCAACAGCAACAACAACAACAACAACAACAACAACAACAACAACAACAACAGCAGCAGUCUUUCUACGCACGAAGUAGGCGGUCCGGCAACUUCAAUUGGAAACUGUCACACUCUCGGAAUGGAUCAAUAGAGAAGCCUCCCCCCUCCUUCUUCUCUUCCUCCUUUUCACACUCGCCCUCCACUCCACCGCUCUCCCUCGGAGCCCCUGCGAACGGGGCCGCCCAUUCGAAAGAGAUGGAGAAGGAAGAGGAGCAAAAAUUUGUUGGCAAGCGACCGAGGAUACGAAGUCCAUGGGCCAUCACAUUCGUGACCCUGCUCAUCUCGAUUCUGGGUAUCGGCUUUCUGGCCCUCGUCCUGAAUUCCUCCUUCACGCGACACAUUGAUCCCAAGGGUUGCCGCAUGUCGUACAUGCGCCCUGGCUACGCUAAAUUUGACGAUUUCGACACGGAACAUACUCGUUUCGCAAGCAAAUACUCGCUAUACCUUUAUCGCGAACUGGGCAUCGAGAAUGAUGCAAAGGUCAGGGGUGUUCCCGUCCUCUUCAUCCCCGGAAACGCCGGUAGCUACAAGCAAGUUCGACCCAUCGCCGCUGAAGCCGCCAAUUACUUUCACGAUGUAUUACAACAAGACGAAUCUGCUGUCAAGGCUGGUGCUCGAAGCCUCGACUUCUUCACAGUCGACUUCAACGAGGACAUUACUGCCUUCCAUGGCCAGACCCUGCUCGACCAAGCCGAGUACCUGAACGAAGCGAUACGAUAUAUCCUUUCGCUUUACCUUGAUCGAACUCGCUCCGACCGAGACCCCAACCUGCCAGAUCCGACAUCAGUUAUAGUCUUGGGUCAUUCAAUGGGUGGUGUUGUUGCCAGGACCAUGCUCAUCAUGCCCAAUUACCAGGCCAAUUCCAUCAACACAAUCAUUACCAUGUCCGCCCCGCAUGCUCGCCCCCCAGUUUCUUUCGACAGUGAGAUUGUCAAGACGUACAAGGAUAUCAAUGACUACUGGAGACGCGCAUACUCCCAACAAUGGGCUAACAACAACCCUUUGUGGCACGUCACUUUGGUUUCCAUUGCGGGCGGUGGUUUGGAUACCGUUGUGCCAUCGGAUUACGCCAGCGUCGAAUCACUUGUCCCCGAUACGCAUGGCUUUACCGUGUUCACUACCAGCAUCCCAAACGUAUGGACGAGCAUGGAUCAUGCGGCAAUCUUAUGGUGCGAUCAGUUCCGCAAGGCUUUGGUAAAGGCAAUUUUCGACGUCGUGGACGUCAACAGAGCUGCCCAGACGAAGCCAAGGGCCGACAGAAUGAGGGUCUUCAAGAGGUGGUUUCUUACAGGAAUGGAGGAGGUGGCGGAGAAAACUGUGCCGUCCAAGGAUCCUUCGACGCUGCUUACUCUCGAGGACAACCUGAGUUCCGUGAUUGCGCAAGGGGAGCGCUUGGUGUUGAGGAGUCUGGGCGCGAGCGGCGCAGUGCGCGCUCAUCUCUUGCCCAUCCCUCCGUCAGGAUCGCCUGAAGCAAAGCGCUUUACCCUCUUAACCGACCACAAACUGGAUGUUUCAAGCGAAAGCGGGAGGCUAGAGGUUUUGUUCUGCAGUGUAUUCCCAAUGCAGCCUGGCCAGGCUGUAGCAGGCUUUGCGGCUCAGAUUAACCUUGCUGGGGACAGUAGCGCUUCCACAAGGUUGGCGUGUAACAAUGCGGCCUCGGAUGUUGUUACUCUCCCAGCAUCCCUUCGAUCGUCGCAGUACCCCUUCUCUAAAGAAGGCGAGCCCCCGAAAACGCAUUUCUCAUAUCUUCAGUAUGACGUUGAGGAUAUCGCUGAGCAUCAGUACGUUGCUGUAAUCGAGAAGACCCAUACUCCGACCCCAGGCUUUGUGAUCGCCGAAUUUAGCGAUGUUUCUCAGUCACAUCGUACAAGGCAUAUCAGUCUUCGGCGGCUCCUCGCUUUCGGCAUGAAAUUCCGCCUCCCGUCCUCGCGACCGAUGGUCUCUGAACUCAAGGUUCCCACUAUGCAGUCAAGUCUGUUGGCAUACAAUUUGGAAAUCAGCGAGCAAAACUGUGGUAAACAACAGGAGCUCUUCGCCCCGUUGAUCCGACAGUAUCUGACGGAGCCGUACGAGUCCAAGUUCUUCGUUAACGCAAGGGAAGCCGCAGUGAGCAUUCAUGGUGUGGCGCCAUACGUGCCUCCGCCACUGAAGAGCAGAUCGACGGAGGAUGGCCUCAGUUUCCAGUUUUGGACUGAUCCGACCUGCGCCUCCAACAUCAAUAUCAAGAUGAGCAUUGAUGUCAUGGGCAGUCUGGGCAAACUUUAUAUGCGAUACCGGACGGUAUUUGCUGCGUUCCCACUGCUGGUGGUUACUCUGGUCCUGCGCAAGCAGUUCCGCAUCUAUGACACUACUGGCGUAUUCAUCUCUUUCUCUGAGAGUUUAGAUCUGUGCUUGAGGCAGUCGAUUCCCUUGGUUCUUGCCUUUCUCACGUUUCUAUCCCUGUUCAUCUGGAACUCAUCAUCGUCGGCGACUGCAAACAUUUGGAACUGGGCCAAUGUCACAUCUGGCGCGAUUGACUUUCACCAGAACGACCUCCUUAUUGGAACACAAGAUCCUUUCUUCUGGUUCUUGGUACCGGUAAUUGGGCUCAUCUGUGUUGGAAUCUGCACCGUGUUCAACUACAUGACUCUCACCCUUGUACACAUCUUGAGCACAGCUGUCAGCCUCUUGAGCUUCCGGCCUGGGUGGAUUCGCAACGACGAAAGACGCAAAGCCCUGCCGCUCCCUGCGUUCUAUCCGACUUCACCAAGGCGGCGGAUGGUCACCACCGCCAUCUUGCUAGUCCUCGUUUCGACUCUGAUCCCUUAUCAGUUUGCAUACUUGGUGUGUUGCUUGGUACAGCUGACCACCACGGUCCGGGCACAAAGACUCGCCUCAGACCUAAGAUCAGCCGCCAACUCCAACUUUUACAACUAUGUCCACUCUAUUCUUCUGCUUAUGCUCUGGAUCCUUCCCAUCAACCUCCCCAUUUUGGUGGUCUGGAUCCAUAACUUGGCGGUUCACUGGCUCACCCCCUUCUCUUCUCAUCAUAAUGUCCUAUCUAUUAUGCCUUUCAUCAUUCUCGUGGAAACGUUGACCACGGGCAAAAUGGUCCCCAGAGUGAAUAGCCGAUUCAAGCACUUCACUAGUGUCCUGCUAUUCGGUAUCGCCCUCUACGCCGCCAUCUACGGCGUUUCGUACGCCUACAUGCUGCACUAUUUGGUCAACCUGGUAGCCGCCUGGCUGGCCAUUGUUCACUCGACAUCGGACAAUUGGUCGGUACUUUCUGGCAUAAAACACAUCAGCUGCACCCUGUUCGAUGCGGGAAAUACCAACAAUGUCGGCGGCGUUAACGGAACUAAUAACACAAUGCUUGCCGAGGACUGUAAAAUGAGAAAGGAGCCAUGACAGGGAGAGAAGAGGAAACGUAGAAAAAGAAGAAGAAGAAAGAAGACCGUGGCUUUGAUAUCACUCAUCGCAUCCCAUCCCAUUAUCGAUGACGGAUUAAUGUCUCCCUGCCGUCUACCGUCUCCUGUUCUCCUGUUGCGCCACGCGUCAAACAACAAACAAGCAAGCAAGCAGAGAGUUCCACACACGCAAGACCGUUAUAGACUUAUAUACCACACAUCCCAUACAUACAUACACACACAUACCACAUACAUACAUACCCCAUUUGAUACCCCCCACAAAACGACGGGCCGUGGCUGAUGAUUUUGUUUCAGCACGCGCCUCAUCAUUAGUCUUGACCGACUGGCUUUUUUCAACUUGGCUUUUGCUCGCGCGUAUUUUGAACUACCACUUGUACAUAUACACAUCUAUAUAACUGUUCGACGAGUUGGAUAAACAUCCAUCCCCAAAGGGAACAAAUAUGAAG